AUGGAGCCAGGAAAGAGAAAAACAUUCCAAAUCAAAGCCAAAGUACCAUUUGUGAAAGAGUUCAUUGCAUUCAGAGAUGGGUUGACUAAUAUCCGUCGAGACGCAUUCACACUCAAAUAUGGGAAGAUUCUACAUUUGUUGUCUAUACCAGUACAAAAAGAUGCCAUUACCAUACUAGCCCAGUUUUAUGAUCCACCACUCAGAAGUUUCCUCUUUAGAGAUUUUCAGUUGGCUCCAACUUUGGAGGAAUUCGGAAAAAUAUUGGACUCUCCUAAACAGAAGAAGGGACCUUAUAGGGGACUGGGUCAAAUCCCAAAGCCCAAGGAGAUGGCAGAAGUAUUGGAUAUUCCGGUUGAAGAUCUAACCCCUAACAUCAAGAUUUGGGGAAAGGUACAAGGAAUUCCUCAAGAAUACUUAGAGAAGACUGCUCAAAUCUUUGCCAAAACCCAGAAGUGGGAAGCCUAUGAUUCUAUUAUGGCGUUACUCAUUUUUGGAUUGAUGUUAUAUCCUAAUGUGGAGAAGCUGGUGGGUGUAGCAGCUAUUAGUGUGUUUUGGGCCGUUAAAGUUAAGAACGAAGAUCCAGUACCUGCACUUCUGGAAGAUAUGGAGAGGAUGGAUGGAUAUGAGUGGUCUCAAAAGCUGGUAGGACUCACAGAAAAUGCCAUUAUUUGGUACCCUCAUGGUUUGAACUUAGGAGAUGCAAUUACUAGUUGUGGAGACUUUCCGAAUGUACCAUUGAUAGGGUCAACGGGUUGCAUUAACUAUAAUCCAGUUCUAGCAGUGAGGCAAUUGGGUUAUCCUAUCACAUACAAGCCAGAGGACCAGUUGUUAGAAGGAUUUUUGUUUCACGAUAUGGAAGACCCCAUUAUGCUGAGAAGGGUUGUCCGAGCCUGGGAAAAAGUUUGCUUCAAGGGACAAGCCAAAGUAAAAGGUGUUAUAGGGGAUAAAGAACCCUAUUACCAGUGGUUCGUAAAGAGAAGUCAAGAGGUCAAGUUGUCAUUCAUCCUCGAUCCUCCUACUCAACCUCCACCACCAGAACCUAUCCCUGUCUCCAUUGAGGAGGUGGAAGCAUUAAAGGCUACUAUAGCAAGACUCGGACAAGAAAAUGAAGAGUUGCAUAUCAACCUCCAGCAAGUUUCAAAUGAAAGAAAUGAGAUGAAGUGGGAACUAGAGCGGAAAAAGGCUCAGCUAGAGGCAACUGAGGAAAAGGUCUAUAAAGAAGAGCACAAGAGAAAGAAGGUGAAAGUGGGCAUAGAACAAGCUGACCUCUGCUUAGAAACUAUCAAAGAGCAGUUGAAACAAGUUGAGAAAGAAUGCCAAAAGAAUAAGCGAUGGUGGCUACGAGCAAUAGAAGAAAAGAAAGAAGUUAGAGAAGCAUUAGAGGCUAAGAUACAUGAUCUUGCUAUCUCUCUUCAUAACGCUGAAACCCAAGCGGAGCACGAGCGCCGACUUAAGGAAAGAGCCCUUGAAGCUUCUCGAGUCACACCUGGGAUUUGUGUUGAGAAAUGUCAAUAA